CCGCUGCCCGGUCCCGCCCGGUCCCGCCCGCUCUCCGCGCAGGGGCGGGCGGAGGUGGCGGCCCCGCGGGCGGGAGCGCGGAGCGGCGGCCGCAGGUGGGUGCCGGGGCCGGGCGGGGACAGCCCGGGCCGCCUCUCUCCCUCCGGCUCUGGAGAGGAGCAGGAACCCGCCGGGAGAGCCGGGGGCAGCGGCGGAGCCCCGCCGAGAGCGGCCGGGACGAGGAGCGGGAGGAGCGGCAGCCGCGGGGUUCUCUGUGCGCACGAUGGGGCUGCGCCCGCACGGCCCGGGACAGGCUCCCUCCUCUCUGCGUGCCGGAGUGCAGCAUCCAGCACAUGAAUACAGAACACACCGGAAUUGAGCCGCACUGUAAAGCCAGAUCAGGUUCCAGAGGAUGCACUUGUGCAGAUGAAGAGUGAAGCGGCCAGCCCAGAGAUGAAGCACUGUGCCCUGUGACAUUUAUUUUUGCUGCUUUGACCACUGGAGGAUGGCUGCCAGACGCUGUGAAAACGGUUCUGGUCAGUACCACUGCACCCACACCAGCCAACAUCUUGAAAUCAGCUACAUGCUGGUCCUGAUUAUGCUUGGAAAAGUCUUCCUUGAUUUCUUCAUGUUGCAAAUUAAGCCAAGGUCUGUGAAAGUCAGUUUUAUGGGAUACUUCUGCGUUUCAGUGGCACUUCUCGAUUUCACACUGCUGCUGAGCAUGUGUUUCAUUUUCUGUUUGGAGGACUUUGCGCUCUGGGGCGUGCGAUUCACGGCGUACCACAUCUGCCUCUUCACCCAGAUCACCUCUCUGACCUACGGCAUUUUGCCUUACCCAGUGUAUCUGGUGGCCGCUCUGGACUAUUACACCAUCGUCGCCCACACAUCCCAGUUCCCUACAAGAGGUCGGAAGUUACUUUAUGGAUUCGCCGUGGUCGUUAUAUGGAUUUCUGGGUUUUUUUGCACUCUCCAAGUUCCCGCUGUGUCUGAAGAGCUGGAAAUGCAGAACAGCGUUUCCCCUUCCCAGUGCCCUCUCUCUGGCAGCUGGCAGAGCUCCUCGGUGUCGUGGGCCAUGGUGCUGCUGCUGGGCACGGCGCUCCUGGCUCGCUGGAAGGAGGUGACAACCAUGCUGCUGUCUGCCCGGCUCCUCUCCUUUAGCAGCCAGCCGGUGCUGAUGUUCCCCUACGCGCCUAACGCCACCACCACCGCUUGCUGUAAGUGGCAGCUCCUGAGCAGGCUCCUCCUGUGCUUCCUUGGCACUUGGGCACCGUUUGUGGUUCUCCAGGUGGUGGUCGUGCUCCUGGGCGUGCAGAUCCCAGCCUAUGUGGAGAUGAACGUGCCCUGGCUCUGCUUCAUCAACAGCUUUCUCCUGGCAGCAGCCUAUUGGUGCCGGUACCACGCUGUGGAGCUGACAGAGGAGGGGUGGUGCACAGACCCCUUUGUCAGCUGGAAAUUCUGCUUUAUGCCGUUCAACAAUGAAAGCACAAAGCCAGCUGAUAAGCCAGGCACAGUAAUUGUCAUCUGUUAAUGAGCUGCCGACUGGAAGGGCUGCAAAGAAGCAGAACUCUGACGCUGGGAGGCCAGGUCCUUACAGACAACACAAGAAAACAUCUGCAGAGCUUCCCUCCAUAGAAACAAGUCCAGUGUCCAGCAAUACUUCAGUGAAUAUUGCACUGCAAGCACUGCCAGGCCAGGGAAUUCAACUUCAAAUUACGUGUUUAAAAAAACACUGCUUUUAUAGGACAAGUUUUCAGUUAUUUUUCUGACUAGAAUUCUAUACUUCCUUAAAAUGGAAUUAUCUCAGGUUUUACAGUACAAAAUGCAAUAAAGCCUGGAAGGCUGGAGUUACAUACAGAUGCUGACCUAAGGUUUAAAUGUUUUUUGAAGUGUAUUUUGUUGUUAAAAUAUGGAUUUUUGUCAGCUUGAUGGAAGGUAAUGGUUGCUGUCUGUUUAACAAGAAAUAACUUGUUUUAGUUAAAGUUACAACUCCUAGAGGAAUAGAAAAUUUUUAUAGUGCAAAACCAGUGCAAGAUGUGCAACUUCAACAACCACAGGAGAGGUGCUGUUUUAGCACCUCUCUUUGCUGCUGUUUCUCUAAGGUACAUUAACAUAUUAACAAUUAAAUAAUUAAAGCAACAAGCAUCAAGGUUAGCUGCUAUUCAUAAAUGCAUGCCCAAGGUUAAAGAAUGUUUCAAAUUAAAAUACAGCUUAUUGUGAAGCCAAAAUUACUUUAAAAUAGUUAAAUAUGAAGUGGGACUACUUCAGCAGGGAAAGAAUCAGUCAGGCUUCUAGCAAAAAUACUCUCAAUUUUCAAAUUCUUAGAGUUUUAUAACAGACUUGAUUUGAUUUUGUAGAAGAUAAAUAAAUGAUACACAACCAAAGCAGACAAAUGAAAUUAGCAUUUAUUUCAGAAGCACUAAACUCACAAUACAAUGCUGUAUUGAAAGAGAACCUAAGUAAAUGAUGCUGUAGGUUGGUUAACUGUUCCCCAGACCCACAGGGAACAAUGAUUUCACACAAGAAUACUCAUUAAGAAAGCUCUGCAGAUAACAAAAGGUGCAAUUACAAGCAAGUUUAAGCAGCAUAGUAUAAGGUGCUUUGUUUCAGCAUUUGUAGGAUGGAUUUACCCAUUAACAGACAGAUUGAAGAAAUGUCACUUUUACAGAUCAUAAAUCAGAGAGUCUAAAAUUCAGUCACAUGCUAGUUGGUAAUAGGAAAGUGCUUCUUAAAAAAUGAUUCACUAAGUGAAGAUCAUACUUUUACAUAGCUCAUUGUGUGCUCUUCAACUGUAAAAUUUAAAUUUUGGGUAAUAAUUUAAUUUAUUAUAUAUCAAUUAUAGAGAUAGAUUUAAUUGCAGAAUUUAAUACUACAUGGGUUAAAUUUUCUUAUAAAAGAAUAUUCCAGUAUUUCACUCCAUAAGAAUA